CUGUACAUGCGAGAGUUGCAAUCAUGUCGUCCAGAGAGUAGUGUCGACCUACUUGAGUCCGUUCCAACACCACCAGAUUGUGCUUGAAAGCCAGCAAGAACUAGCUUCUCAGUGUCUCGAACUGUUCCUGACGUCAUGUGAGUCUGGUGCGACCCAUCAGUCCUUCAGGCCGUCUCCGACUGGUAAACGACAUGAAGCAGAUAGAGGUGGCAUUGGCCCCACUGUGUAAGCAGUUGUCAGAGCUGGGUCGAGUGUAUCGCCUCCUGAGGUCCUUCCGACCCCUGGUAGAGGCAGAGCCCCAGCACCUGGCUGACUGUGAAUUGCUGGGAGACCUCGUACCUCACAGUCUUGCUCUCAUGUCCUCUCUUCAGCAGAGCACCGCCAGAGCUUCCUUCUCCACAUCAGAGUGCUAACUGGUCGGUGGCCAGGCUGUCUAAGUGGCUGGACCAGCACAAGAGCGAGAAGGAGAGACUGGAUGCUACUCAACGGAGCUUUACAGAAAUCCCAGCAGAUUAUGCGCAGCCAGAAUAAGGCGUCCUUCCACCCUGU